AUGAAAGAGGUCCAACCUAAAUUUGAUCCACCAUCUCGUUCAACUGUUGCUAGGAAAGUUUGGAGUGUUUAUCUAGAUCGUAAGGCUACCCUCAAAAGUAUCCUUUCUGUCAACAACCAAAGAGUCUCUCUUACUACUGAUACAUGGACUUCCAUUCAAAACGUCAACUAUAUGGCUCUAACGGCCCAUUUCAUUGAUGACGAUUGGAAGUUGCAUAAAAAAAUUCUGAACUUUUGUCAAAUUACCAACCACAAAGGUGAUGCCAUUGGGAGACUUAUUGAGAAGUGUUUGAGUGAUUGGGGUAUAGAAAGAGUGUUCACCAUCACGGUUGACAAUGCAUCGGCUAACGACGGUGCUAUUAGGUAUGUUGCAAGACAAUUGAGACAUUGGAAAACUUUACAAUUUGAGGGAGAUCUUUUACAUAUGAGGUGUUGUGCACAUAUCAUCAAUCUAAUUGUUUCAAAUGGGUUGAGUGAAAUGCAUAGCUCAAUUAAGAGUAUUCGCAAGGCUUGUAAGUUUACAAGAUCCUCUCCAUCUAGGUUGGAAAAGUUUCGACAAUGUUUAGUGUUGGAGAAAAUUGAUAGCAAAGGUCUUAUGCCUUUGGAGUGCAAAACUAGGUGGAAUUCAAUUUAUUUGAUGUUAGAGGCAGCGUUGAAGGUGCAAAGGGCCUUUGAGAGAUUGGAGGAGGAGUCCACUGAUUAUGUGCACUAUUUUGAUAGUAAUGAUGAUGAGAAUCAGCUUAGUAAGAGAAGAAGGGUUGAUGAUAUAAGGAGGAAACUCAUGCCUCCUAGUGCCUCAGAUUGGUCUUAUGCUAGGGCUUUUGUGAAGUUCCUAAAAAAAUUCUAUGAUUCAACUUUGAAGCUUAGUCCUACAAAACGGUGA